ACGUCAACAUUUUAAUAAAAAUGUUUGGUGUUGAGUUGGAUAACUUUAGCUUUCGCUGAGUGAGGUUUGAGAUUUCAAGCUAACGUUAAAUGUUCCGUUCAGCCCCGGUGCGUGCUGAUGUAAACUAACCUACACGUGAAAACGGGAAAGCAACAUUAAACAGAGUGAUGUUGCGGCGUCCCAAGCCAACUGACUCUGAGGCAGACGUCCUCAGAGAUCAGGAGAAGUUUCUAACCUCUGGUGCUCCGUCUGCUGCCAGUGUGGUCCGCCGUCCUGACAAGAGGAGAGGAGAAGGAGGAGGGGAGCAUAACGGGAAGAGUGAUGAAGAAAGACAGAAAGAUGUUGUCACUAUAGAAGAUCUUCCAGACGAACUCCCGUCUCUGACGCCAGCCCCUCCGAAGAAGUCUCGCUUCAAAACUGGUUGUGUUACUUUUGAGGAUGAGGAUGCUGGGGAGAGGCUGGACAAACAUGACACUCACGUCACCGCUGUGCUCUCCAGGAUCGUUGAGAGAGAUACCAGCUCGACUCCAAUAUCUCUACCAGCAUUUACAGGCCUGGCUUUCCCCAAAGUAAUGCACCGCUCAGAAAACAGCUGUCAGGUGCAACAAUCUUCAGCUGGUGGAAAGAAGAGUAUCUUUGCUCUUCAGAUUGCAGCUCAGAGACUCAAGGAGGGAAAGACACCUUUACAUUUUGCACCUAAAGCUCCCCACACACCUGAACACAGAGAGCAGAACCUGCAGCCUGAGAGCAGCAUGGAUACAGAUGAUAAGCCAGCUGCAUCCUCAGGUCCCAGCCUGCUCUCUGGUAAGGGGCUCGGGGUCCCAGACAGCUCAGGAGAGACGAUGAGGAUCCACAGGGAGAACCAGGAGAAGCUCCAGGCCAUGUCCAAGUCUGAGAUACUACAGGAGCAGAAGAGACUUUUAACUCAGCUCGAUCCUACACUGGUGAACUUUGUUAGGUCUCGAAAAGCCAAGAGCGUCCCGUCCUCUGCCUCCGCAUCCGAAAAACAACCCCAGGGCAAAAGCAGCAGGGACAAUUUUCCUCUUGAAAAUCUGAGCAGAGAGUCAGACUCCUUCAGCGCAUCUCUGCCUCUUCAGAAACCCCAGGAAGUAGAGAUGGAAGGAGAUGAAGUGCCACCACAACCACCACCUGCUGUGAGAGAGCAGGAUCUGCUGCUGAAGCCUCAGAAGACAUGGGUCCACAUGGAUAAGGCGGAACCGGAGAAGCUGGAGUGGAUGAAAGACUUGCCUGCACCCAGAAGGAAAGGAACCAAGAAGGCCAUGCAAGCUCGGUUUGACUUUGCAGGGACUGUGAUUCCACCAACGCAGGAUCUGCCCACUCAUUUGGGCCUGCACCACCACGGAGAGGAGCCUGAUCGGGCAGGUUACUCCCUGCAGGAGCUCUUCCUGCUGUCUCGGAGCCAGCUGAUCCAGCAGAGGACUCUAGCCAUUAGCACUCUGGCUAACAUCCUCUCAAAGGCCCGUGCCGGGGAGUACCUGUCUGUCCUGAAAGGCAGCAUGGUGUCCACUCUGCUCGACGCCGGGCUGCUCUUCCUGCUGCGCUUCGCCCUGGACGACGGUGUGGAGGGAGCGAUGUCUGCAGCUGUGCAUGCACUCAAAGCUCUUCUUGUCUGUGAAGAGGAUGAAGAGUGUUUGGACUGCACCUUCUCCUGGUUCCGCGGCCUGGCCUCCUUCCCUCUGCUGCCAUCUACUCAGGAGGAGGAAGAAGAGGAAGAUGCAGGGCUGCCAGAAAAUAUGAAGUUCACAGCUAAGGAGAGGGAGGAGAGGAAGAACGAUCAUGAUGUCGCAAGGCAGGAUGUUGUCAAGGGCCUGCUGAAGAUGAAACUCCUCCCGAGGCUGCGUUACAUCCUUGAGGUGGUCCGACCGUCUCCUCCUGUGGUCCAGAACGUCCUGCAGAUCCUGACUCGUAUCGCCAGGCACUCCUCUUCAUCUUCCACCCAGGUGCUCAACUGUCCUCGCUUGAUGGAGACGGUGCUGUCAGAGUUCCUUCCCUCUUCCUGGACCACGCCAUCUUCUCCUCUUCCUCAGUCUGUUUACGGACUCCCACUGGCCAGUGCCAUGAAGCUGUUGCGAGUAUUAGCUACCUCUGGCAGACAUGCCUGUGCCAGACUGUUCAACUAUUUUGGUGUGAAGGAGCGUCUGCCUUGCCUGCUGAGUGUGGACCCCAGUGAGCUGCUGCUGGACCCAGCCGAGGCACUCAGGAUCACCACAGAGGCCCUCAGGCUGUGGGCUGUGGCAGCCGGCUAUGGCCAGGCCUGCAAACUAUACAUAGAUCUGUAUCCAAGCUUAGCGAAGUCGUUACAGUCGUUUCACAAAGUCCUGGCCCCCUCAGACCCUCUCCUGCCGCUGCAGCUCCCGAGGGUCCUGGCUCUGCUCUGUCUGCUCACACAGGUCACACACACCGCCGGCUGCCACCAGGAGCUGCAGGCCGGCAUGGUCAGCUCCCAGGGAGAAGAGUGCCCCCCUCCUCCUCCAGUGACUUGGGGUCAUGUCACAGGGUUGCAGGCAUCCUUGUUGGGACAUCUGAAGGGUUUUGUGAAGAGCCUUGAUAACCCUGUUCAGCAGGAGAGCAGCCUGGCAGUGAUACCAGCUUACCUGACCUACCUAGAGGCUUACUACCAUCAACUCUCCAGACAGAGCUGUUUCAAGCCAGUAGACACUCUUCAGGAGCUGGAGCGUCUGACGUCUGAGGUUCUCCUCCCGCUGCUGUCCCACCAUGCUGUUCAGAGACUGGUGAAGAACCUAAAGUCUUCCUCAGUAGUGUGUAAUGAUCAGUCCAGUCCUCCGGGCCCGGAGCUGACUCCCAGCCUCCCUGGUUUGGCGUGCCCAGGAUGGAGGGACCGCCCGGGGCUCGUUGCUCCCAGCUCCCCCUUCCCCCUCCUCACAGGCCUGGGGCUGCUGCUGGAAACCAUCACAGGCAUCCACAAAGGCCUCAGCUGCAAGUUCGCUGCUCUCCUCCUGUCAGAGCCUGUGGUUGGUUACCUGCGUUGUUGCAGCCAGGCCAAGCCCACCCUGUCUCACACCGGAGCCUGGCUCCUCCGUCAUGAACACCACCUCCUCUACCUGCUGCUGCAGCUGGCGCACAGACUGGUGUCCAUUGACCCAGAAGUAGCCAAGUACGCCUCGCUGUACCACCAGGUGGCGCUGGUUCUGCUGCCCUGGUUGUUACCUGGCAGUGAAUAUCUGGGACAUGAACUGCUGUCCACCAUCAUCUUCAGCAAGGACUUUAUAUCUGAGGGCCACAGCGGAGGACCUGAGGCCGUGGAGCUGGGGGAGCUGAAGCUCCAGGAGGAGACACACAGCUCCUCCCCCUCACUGCAGACCGUCGGAGCUCUGCUGAGAGAGGCCUGCGUCCAGCUGCCCUCCAUCCGAGGCUGCUUCCUCACUCAGCUGGCGUACCUGGAGUCGUCCGUGCUGACGUCCCGGGACGCUCUCCUCGGCCGCAGCCCCUGGAUCAGCUCCCACCUCCUCCCUGAGCUCACCGGUCCCACCGUGCCAUCUGAUUGGCCCUACCUCCCACUCGUCAGCCUGUAUGAGCGGACAGGGUCUUCGGACGGUGGAGGGUUGGGGGUGGAGGAACUCCCUCAGUGGGCUCUGCAGGCCGUGACCCACUGUCUGCAGUGGCUGCUGCUGCUGGAGGUCUGGAGGGAGGAGGCACUGAAGGUGAUACCUCCUGUGGCCAAGCUCGCCCGCCUGUCCUGUGUGUUCCUGUGUUCCAGUGACCUGUUCCUGGAGAGACCUGUGCAGAAACUGACCUGGGGUCUGUUCAGGCUCCUGACCAGGCGAUCCAGGCUGGACUCUUUGGACCUGGACGUCCCUCCUCCGGGUCUCGCCUCCUUCCAAGACCUGUACACGGCUCUUCUGACCCAGUACGAGGCCGUGUCCUUUGGAGACCGGCUCUUCGGCUGCUGGUUGCUCUUACCCCUGCAGAGGAGGUACAGCGCCACCAUGAGGCUGGCUGUGUUCGGGGAACAUGUGGGAAUGCUGAGGUCCCUGGGAGUCACACUGGAACAGCUCUCCAUCCCUAUCGAGCGGUUCACCUCUCCCCCUGAGGACUCCCUCCCUCUCCUCAAUCUCUACUUCCGCUCUCUGGUCACGGGGACCCUGAAGCCCCGCUGGUGUCCGCUCUUAUACGUGGUUACCUUGUCUCACGUCAACUCCUUCAUCUUCUCUCAGGACGCUGCAGCACAGGAGGUUGAAGCCGCACGUCAAAGCAUGCUGAGGAAGAUCUACUACCUGACAGAUGAGGUGUUGAGGAGCCACUUGCUUCUCUUCCGUCUGCCGCAACUGAACUCAGAGUUUGGCUUCGAUAUGUUCGAGCAGUUGCCUCCCAUUAGAGCAAAACGUCUGGAGAGCAUCCUCAGACUGCAGAUCGGCAGCGAUGACAAAGGUGACAGAAGGCAGUAGGCAGUGAAAAAAUAAAAAUAGUAGUGAGCCAAAAACAGAUCCAGAGAAGGGACAGUAUGGGACUGUCAGGAAACCAAAGGAGAGACUAAGAGAAACACGAGUAAGAGAAAGAGUGAGACAUUCAAGAGACAAAAUGUCGACCAUAACAUUUUCUGUGGCCUCUUUUCUCAGAGAAAACCUAAUCUGAGGUAGAUUUGGCCUGCUCGCAAUGUUUAGCACUUAUUUGAACCUGCUACACACAUAACAAGGUUAGAUUUCACAAUCUAAGACUAUAUUUUACAGACCAUCUGUUGAAAUUGUCUGUUAAAGUUUGUCAUGUUAUCUGAGGUUACAUGAACGCAUCUGAACUAAAUGUUAAAAAUGAAGUGCAGAUGCAGCGAGGCUCAGGUUUUCAUCUUUUCCUCUAAUACCUUUCCUCUUAGCAGACUGGGGGGAUUACAUGUUGAGAUAUUAGCACUUUCCCAGUCAGUGUGUGUCUAUUGAUCUUGAAAAACAGACCAGAGUAAUUCUUGGCACCUCAAAGUAAAGUGCCUGAAAUGUUCUAAUAAAACAUUAUUUCCA